AUGGACGGAAAGAGACAUCCCAGCUCGUUUCAGCAGCUAGAGAAACUGGGCGAGGGUACAUACGCUACAGUCUUCAAAGGCAGAAACCGCCAGACAGGCGAGCUCGUGGCGUUGAAGGAAAUCCACCUCGACUCGGAAGAAGGCACACCGUCGACAGCGAUUCGUGAAAUAUCGCUUAUGAAAGAGCUCAAGCACGAGAACAUUGUCGCCCUGCACGAUGUGAUCCACACGGAGAACAAGCUCAUGCUCGUUUUCGAGUUCAUGGACGGGGAUUUGAAGAGAUACAUGGACACAAACGGCGAGCGAGGAGCGCUCAAGCCGGCGACCAUCAAGUCCUUCAUGUACCAACUGCUCAAGGGCAUCGACUUUUGCCACCAGAACCGAGUGCUGCACCGCGAUCUGAAGCCACAAAAUCUCCUCAUCAACAGCAAGGGGCUGUUGAAGCUCGGGGACUUUGGACUGGCUCGCGCAUUCGGCAUACCUGUAAACACCUUUUCCAACGAGGUCGUGACCCUGUGGUACCGAGCCCCCGACGUCCUCCUGGGCAGCAGGACUUACAACACGAGCAUCGACAUUUGGUCUGCCGGCUGCAUCAUGGCCGAGAUGUACACCGGAAGACCUUUGUUCCCCGGCACGACCAACGAGGACCAAAUCGUGAGGAUAUUCCGAAUCAUGGGCACGCCGACGGAGCGCUCCUGGCCAGGCAUUACGCAAUUCCCCGAGUACAAGCCGAGCUUCCAGAUGUACGCCACGCAAGACCUCCGCAACAUCCUCCAUGCCAUCGACCCGACCGGCAUCGACCUACUGCAGAGGAUGCUUCAGCUGCGGCCCGAGCUUCGAAUAAGUGCGCAUGAUGCGUUGCAGCAUCCGUGGUUCAGCGACAUUGUCAUGCAUCAGCAGCAGCAGCAGCAGCAGCAGCAGCAACCUUUGCACCCCCAAGCCAGGGCGUACCAGCAAGGUGUGCCGGCCCAAAAUUUUGACACGUACUAG